CCCUUCGACAAGUGCAAUGCGCCUAUAGAAGCGGGACCUUGCAAAGAGCCAGUACCUCGAUACGGCUACGAUGCUGUCACGGGCACAUGCAAGCCAUUCACCUACGGUGGCUGUGACGGAAACGCAAACAAAUAUGAAACGCACGAAAAAUGUGAAUACGCGAUAGCAAAAUGCCAAAAUAAAGCUCCCUUCGACAAAUGUUAUGCGGCUAUAGCAGGGGGACCCUGCAGAGGAGCAGUUGAAAGAUACGGCUACAAUGUUGUCACGGGCGCAUGCGAGCAUUUUACCUACGGCGGCUGUGCCGGAAAUGAAAACAGCUAUGAAAUGCUCGAAGAUUGUGAAAGUGCAACAGCGGAUUGCACAAAUACAGCUCACUUUGACAAAUGCAAUUCGCCUAUAGACAAGGGAACCUGCGACGCAGAAUUAGCUCGAUACGGCUACGAUGCUGCCAAGGGCGUAUGCAAGCUAUUCACCUACGGUGGCUGUGACGGAAACGCAAACAAAUAUGGAACGCACGAACAAUGUGAAACCGCAACAGCGACUUGCCCAAAUAAAGGUACAUCAAGCAUGUAUUUGGAGCUGUAUGUACCCAGCCAACGACUGUGGUAG